GCUAAGUUGCUUGUAUAACGUGAGGUGCUUUGCGCUGUUGUCUCCUCUUUCGAUGUGGGACUAAAGAUUCAACCGUAGGAACAUCCUAUCAAAAUCCGGUAGCAGAUCCAACGUACACGUGUCAAAACGGGGAGCCAUCUUUCCCGAAUAAAAGGCCCCAAAAUUGAGAAAACGCUGUGUGCGCGAGCGCGCCAUGGCCGUGGAAUUGCUGGGGCUCUCCAAGUUCAAGCUCCAGCUUCUCGCCCUCGUCUCCGAAGCUCGAGAUCUCAGAGUGAAGUAUCUUGAGAACGAGAAUGAGUUACUGGAGGAGAAGGAAAAGGAUUUGAAAGAAACUAUUAAUGGCCUGCUUCUAUCAUGGGAUGCUUUCGUAUGCCACUAUGAGGAUUCUUCUUGUGCUCUGAAGGGCACCAUUCAAAUGAAGGACAGAUCCAUUGCUGUGAUCUCAGAGAAGCUAAAUGCACACCUGGCUUUAUUUGGCUCAGUUGAAAAGGAAGCUACUGCUAUUAAAUAGGUUUUAGAUGGUGUUCAUCAUCUUGUAAACGAGAAGGAGAAAGUUGUCACGGAAUUAAAGAACAAAGUGCAGAGGAUUUCUACACUUGAGAAUGUAUUUGUGGAAAAUGUCAAUUUCCUGGAAAACAAGCUCAACGAAUGCCAGCUUGAGCUUAAACGGAGGGACACAAUUAUUUUGAAACUAAAAGAAUACCUUGAAGCAGAGAAACUUAGCAGCAAUUUCCAGCCCCUAAUUGAAGAACUUCGAAGAGCUCUAUCCGUGAAGGAUGAAAUCAUACACAGGUUAACUUCAGAGAAGCAGGUUAUCUUAAUACCUGUUGGCAUUAAUUUAUGUUUGGCCGCCUUUGAUUUUUCUCAUGCUCGAAGUGGUUCUUUCGUAGUCUUUGCAUCUUGAGUAACAUAACAUGGAAGUUGCUCUACGGAAGUUUCAAGAUAUUCUCAGUAAUAUGAGGAAUGAGGAAGUCAAGUUCUUCCUGAGCCUGUCAGCAGAGCAGAGCAUAGAAAGUGAGUAUAUUCUCCUCAGUAUAUAAGAGGCCUGUGGUGCUUUUUUCCUUCUAAUGCUUUGCGCAGUUUGGAGAAUACCUUUCAGCCAACCAAGCAGGAUUCACCUGACAAAACUACUGAUAGAGAUGCAACUGAACAAGCAGCCACAUGUCAACAUGGUGAAUGCCACUCAGGACAUGACUCCCCUCGGGAAGAUGAGCUUGACCAAACCACCUU